AUGACCGGGGUUAAUUAUCUGCGGGGUGCGAGCUCCAAAGAGAUUGGUGUGAACUUUCCUCGGAUCACGCAUGCGCAAGGCGUUGGAGAACACGAACCAGCACAGGGCCAUCAUGGAGAGAAAAGUUCUGGCGCUCCAGGCAAGGAAGAAACGAGCUAAGAAGAAGUCCAACAAAAAGCCGCAGCCUAAUGUGCGAGGGGCAGCUCCCCAGCGGCAGGAGACUGAGGCAGCGCAGCAGGAGCCAGAGGAGGAGAUCCUGGGCUCUGAUGACGAGGAACAGGAGGACCCCAAUGACUACUGCAAAGGAGGAUAUCACCACGUCAAGAUCGGAGACCUUUACAAUGGAAAGUACCAUGUGAUCCGCAAACUGGGCUGGGGCCAUUUUUCCACCGUGUGGCUGGCAUGGGACAUACAAGGGAAAAGGUUCGUUGCUAUGAAGGUUGUGAAGAGUGCAGAGCACUACACAGAGACGGCCUUGGACGAGAUCAAACUGCUCCGAUCGGUGAGAGAAACAGACCCUGAGGAUCCCAACAAAGACAAAGUUGUUCAGCUGCUGGACGACUUCAAGAUCUCAGGCGUCAAUGGCACCCAUGUUUGCAUGGUGUUUGAAGUCCUGGGCCACCACCUACUCAAAUGGAUCAUCAAGUCCAACUACCAGGGCCUGCCUCUGCCCUGCGUCAAGAGCAUCAUUCGACAGGUUCUUCAGGGCCUGGACUACCUGCACUCCAAAUGUAAGAUCAUCCACACGGACAUCAAGCCGGAGAACAUCCUGAUGACGGUGAACGAGCCGUACGUCAGGAGGCUGGCAGCGGAGGCCACCGAGUGGCAACGAGCGGGAGCACCACCACCCAGCGGCUCCUCAGUGAGCACGGCACCGCCGCCCAAACCGGUGGCAAAGAUGUCCAAGAACAAGAAGAAGAAGCUGAAGAAGAAGCAGAAGCGCCAGGCGGAGCUGCUGGAGAAGUGCAUCAUGGACCUGGAGGAGAUGGAGCGCGGCCCCGACGAUGACGAGGACAACGAGCAGGAGCAGGACGACCCCCAGUCUCCGCAGUCCCCCAAGAGCCCCCCCACCUCCACGUCACGAGGUGGAGACCCCUUCAGACAGGUCUCCCUGCAGGAGCUCGAUGGAGACCAGCUAGCAGAUGACGGCCCUGAGGACCUGUGUCUGGAGACCCCUGUGGAGACCAACUGUAACGGCUUCAUACCCACCAGCUGUGGCGCCCCCAACGGCCCACUGGAUGAACUGCAGGUAGACGAGGCAGCAGCAGUAGCAGCAACCGCAGCAACCGCACCACAGCCAGCCGAGUGGGAGGACCAGCAGAGCCAGCAGAGCACCAACACUGCCACCAACAACACAACCAACACCAGCACUAUGGCCGAGCCAGACUCCAACCCCGGUGAGCCCAUUGACACAAGCGAGAGCGCCCUUCAAGACCACCUCGUGGACCACGACCAUGAACAGGAGAAGCCCAAAUCCAUGCCAGCGCCUCUGGACUACCAGUGCUUCAACGGCAUGGAGUCGCCUGAGCCGCCACAGGCCAACGGGGCGCGCAGCAAGCCCGGCUCCAGCCCUACCAGCCCCACCAGCCCCCUGGAGGAAGGGGAGCACAGGACGCCCGGCAGGCAGAGAGGCCAGGGAGACUCCAACGAGGAACGAGACGAGCUCAGGAAGAACAGCAACACUAAGAUGAUGGCGGGGGACCUGCUGGUGAAUCCCCUGGAGCCGCUCAACGCCGAGAAGAUCAAGGUCAAGAUCGCAGACCUGGGCAACGCCUGCUGGGUGCAUAAGCACUUUACGGAGGACAUUCAGACGCGGCAGUACCGCUCGUUAGAAGUGCUGAUCGGAUCUGGCUACAACACACCUGCCGACAUAUGGAGCACUGCUUGCAUGGCAUUUGAACUGGCCACAGGAGACUACCUAUUUGAACCUCAUUCAGGGGAAGAUUACUCUCGAGACGAAGACCACCUUGCUCUGAUUAUUGAGCUGAUGGGUAAAAUCCCUCGCCAUUUUGCGCUGAGCGGGAAAUAUUCACAGGAAUUCUUCAGCCGCAGAGGUGACCUGAAGAACAUCACCAAGCUGAAGCCGUGGGGGCUGCUGGAGGUGCUGAUGGACAAGUACGAGUGGCCGCGCGAGGAGGCCGAGAGCUUCAGCAGCUUCCUGCUGCCCAUGCUGGAGCUCAUCCCCGAGAAGAGGGCCACCGCCGCAGACUGCCUGCUGCACGGCUGGAUCAACCCUGCCCCCUAGAGGCCUGGAGGACACACUGGAACUCUCUCGCCCUCCUCCCUGUCCUCCUCCUCGUCGUCUAUCCAGCUGCCCUCUUGAUCCCUGGCCCCCACAGCAGACUGCCUGCCUGUUGCACCCCUGGAUCAACCCCUAGAGGCUUGGAGGACACACUGCAACUCUCUCACCCUCCUCCUCCUCCUCUUCCUCCUCCUCCUCUUCCAGCCACCCAUCCGCCCUCUUGAUCCCUGGCCCCCCCAGCAGACUGCCUGUUGCUCCCCUGGAUCAACCCCUAGUGGCCUGGAGGAUAAACUUCCACCCCCACCUUCCAACGUCCACCUCCACCUGCCCUCUUAAACCUUUGCCUGGGACUGCAACUCCCUCUCUCUCUCUGCCACCCCUUUCCUCUCUCCCUUGAGUCCCAGCUGCACCUGUCAAUGGAUCAGCCCCCUGGUGGCCUGGGGACAGAACUGCAACUCCUUGUCCCCUCCAUCCACCCACCCUCUCCACCACUCAUCAGAGCCCCUUGCCCGACAGCAGUCCCUGGCGCAUAAUGAUGUUUUUUUUUCCCUGUCCUCCACUCCUGCCCCGAGUCUUUCUUGUCCUCUGUCCUCUCUCCCCUCGACAGUCUCAUCCCUGGGUGGACACCCAGCGAGAGGGGGUCCAGCUGUGAGCCACCUCUGCGUGGCUCCCUCUGUUGGCGGAUGCGGGGUACAUCACCCCCCUCAUCACCCACUGAUUGCAGGUGGCUGACAGUUGAAAGUGAUGACUGAUUGAUUAAUUGAUCAACAGGUGAUGGGGUACUUGAGAGUGUUGUGUGGGCCCCCUGGCCUGCUGCAGAGGGAGGUGGUCUCUUCCUGAGGUUGUGGUUUUACUGUACCUAUCCAUUCUUCCCCUACCCCUCUCCACCACCAGUGUCUCUCCGCCCACCCCACCCCAGCCUCUCCAGUCCAUGCUUCCCCAUAAAGAGGCCUAGCUGUGAAACAGCUGCACCCUGCCUGCCUGGAUGGAUGGAUAGAUACAUAGAUGGAGGAAUGGAUGGAUAGAUGGAUGGAGGGAUGGAUGAAUGGCGGGAAGGAUGGAUGGAUCUCCAGUGGCCACAGUCCACUUUCAGUCGACCCUGCAGUCUAGCAGUGGACAGGGACACUGAGGCACUG